CUAAACAGCAUUUAUAUUUCCAGUGUCUGUAGUGUCUCACGAAUAACAAAAAUCAUGUGGCUUUUAGCUUUCAAGCUAAUUUGUCAAUGGAUUAUGCGUUGAAUUUUAACCUGGAUGCUUGACGAAACAGCAGCAGCUUCUAAUCGUACAUAUCCAGUUGUUUAAAUGGGCAGUGUGUUGGCUGCCAGUGCCCCCAGCCCUCCUGCAGCAGGGCCAGGUGGACCCGGUUUGGUGUCAGUACCUCCAGGAUUCACGAUGCCCUCCGUCUCUCCCGUCUCUGUGCCUGGCAGCUCUUCAUCUGGGCACCAGGAGACUGAGCCUCCCCUUUCAAACCCCGGUGGCUUUGAAGAGUGCCACCGCAAAUGCAAAGAGGUGUUUCCUGUGCAGAUGGAGGGUGUUAGACUAACCGUGAACAAGGCCUUGAGCAACCACUUCCAGGUCAACCACACAGUGUUGUUAAGCACUCUAGGAGAUUCCAGUUACAGGUUUGGAGCUACUUAUGUGGGGACCAAACAAACAGGACCAGAGGCCUUCCCCGUCAUGGUUGGUGACAUGGACAACACGGGGAGCCUAAAUGCACAGAUUAUUCAUCAGAUCACAGACCGAGUGCGCUCGAAAUUUGCAUUCCAGACUCAGCAGCAGAAGUUUGUGAACUGGCAAGGAGAUGCUGAAUUCAAAGGAGAAGAUUUCACUGCUGCUGUGACCUUUGGCAACCCAGACGUCUUGGUUGAGUCAGGAAUCGUUGUAGCUCAUUAUCUCCAGUCUGUCACUCCGUCGCUGGCAUUAGGGGGAGAGCUGGUGUACCACCGACGGCCCGGAGAGGAGGGAACAGUCAUGUCUCUGGCAGGCCGAUAUACAGGCAGCAACUUUAUCGCCACACUGACACUAGGAGGUGCUGGAGUUCAUGGGUCGUAUUACCACAAAGCCAAUGAUCAGUUGCAGCUUGGCGUGGAGUUUGAAGCAAGCACCCGUACGCAGGACACUAGUGUAUCAUUUGGAUACCAACUGGACGUCCCCAAAGCUGAUCUGGUCUUUAAAGGUUCUUUAGACAGUAACUGGGUGGUUGGAGCCACGCUUGAAAAAAAGCUGCAGCCUCUGCCUCUGUCACUGGCCCUCAGUGCUUUCCUUAACCACAGAAAAAGCAAGUUCCAGUGUGGGUUUGGCAUCACCAUUGGUUAAUCCUACCUUCUUUCUUGGUUAAUGCUGCAGUUUGGACACACUUUGCAUAUUUAUCCACAUCUGUACAAAAUCAGUCAGUAAACAUGAAGCAAAAUAAAGUAAUAUUUGUUGUUAGUUCCAUGUAUCAAACCAACCUUUGCAGUGAAAAUUUCAAUAUCCAAAAAAGUACAUUUAAAAACAUCACUACUGCUUGAUGCAUUAUUAGAGAAACCAAGAACAAAUACACACAUACAAUUUGCCUUUCAUUUUGUUGU